AGACAUUGUGGAAUUUGCUGAACAGGGACGGGAUUAUAUUCAAGCGUUAAAAUAUUAAAACGACUUCAGUCCUAUUGUUGCUGUUAAAUAUAUUUUUUAGGUUUAAAUAUAAGUAGUACCUACUAACAACUUGCAUGGAUGCUAUAUGGAAUAAUAAUAUGAAAAAUAUGUACUCGUCUGCACAGAACAACAUUUCCGACCUACUCAAAUUAGCCAAAAAAUUCAACUGUUUUUAUCUAUCAGGCUUGCAUCAAGGAAUAUGUAAACCGUUCAUAGUAGCCGGAUACCAAGUGGGAUUGGUUCGUCCUGAUGUAAUGAAACAUCUUAUAAGAUUUCCAGAGGUAUUUCGGAUUACAAGUAAGUAUGUUGAAUUAAAUCCAGCAUUUCGAGAUUAUAAGGAGAGAACAAUGCAAAUCGCAGAUGUAUUACAGAGUUUGAGGAAAGAAAAUGAAAUAUGUGCAUUAAAAGGCUGGAGAGAUGAGUGUUUUGGAGUCUCAACACCAUUUUAUCCUGAGAACCUUCUAGAAAUGGAUAGGAGUGCAGUUUGUCUGUUUGGCAUCAGGAACUAUGGUGUCAGUGUCACUGGCUAUGUAGACCAUCCAGUCAAAGGUCUUUGCAUCUGGCUGCAGCAACGAAGUUUCACAAAACAAACUUGGCCUGGAAAGUGGGAUUGCUUCGUAAGUGGGGGCCUCGCUGUUGGCUAUGGAGUUUUGGAGACGACAAUAAAAGAGGCUGCAGAGGAAGCCUCUGUUGCUGGAGAUCUUGCUAAGAAGUUAGUGCCAGCUGGUUGCGUUAGUUUCUACUUUGAAAGUGAAAGGGGUUUAUUCCCGAAUACAGAAUACGUAUACGACCUUAAGUUGCCUCUGGACUUUAUGCCACAGAACGCUGAUGGCGAAGUCGAAAACUUUGAACUGUUAACGGCUGAAGAGUGUAUUCAAAGAGCACUAUCUCCCCAAUUCAAAACUACAAGUGCCCCAGUCCUUAUCGACUUUUUGAUUCGUAGAGGACAUAUUACCCCUGAAAAUGAGCCGCACUUCAAGUACUUAGUAGAACUUCUGCAUGUUCCUCUGCAGUCCAUUUACAUUUGGCCCAACACGGCGGCGAUGAUGGCGACCAAUGGCGACGCCUGCGAGCUACACGUAGCAAAAAAUGAAUGAAGAUAACGAGUCACCUCAAUUACUUAAUAAUUCUCAGUUAUUUUUCUAUUAAUACCCUUUGUAGAACUAAUGAGUACCUACUAAAACGUAUUUUGUGUAUGAAUUUUCUAGUCUUCCUAUAUUGCAACAUCGAAGAGAAAUUAUGAUAAGUGCUUAUACGUUUGUUAGAAUGAUAUUAUGGAAAUUGAUUUAUGUUGCAUGGUAUGGGGUAACUAACAUUUGUAUCUGGAGAUUACUGAAUAUCUUCUUAGCUCUUUAAAUAUGUGCCCGCAGCUAAAUAGUAUAUUUUAUAAGUGUUCUGGCAUUAAAUGAAUAUAGCCUAUAGUUAAGUCAGUUAAACGCAGUUAUCAUGGUUUUUCUUAGAUAGUGUUUAAGUAGGUUUAGACGUUUUCCAGUGAUGGCUGCACCAUUACCAGUUUUUAUUGUUUGAUAAAUUUGUAAAUAUUUGUUCUAGUUAAUUAAAUUUUAAUACUUCCAGGCCUAA